UACAACUACCGAAGGGCCACGCGUCCUAGUUAGUUUCUCGUUUCCGCCUCGUUGAACGUUUGCCGCACCUGAGGGUCCACUAGGCUGGCUAUCAAGAUCAGCCCUGCUCAAGCAGUUCAGUUUCAUUGGUAAUGAAAUGGGGAUCAACCAGUCUGUGGGCUUUCCACCUGUCACAGGACCCCACCAUGUAGGCUGCGGGGAUGUGAUGGAGGGGACGAGUUCCGAGGGGAGCUUCUUUCGACUCUUCUACCCCUGCCAAGAUGCGGUGGAGACCACAGAGCAGCCCUUGUGGAUACCCCGCUAUGAGUAUUACAGUGGCCUGGCUGAUUACUUGCAGUUUAAUAAACGCUGGGGGGCUUUGCUGUUCAACCUGGCUGUGGGAUCUUGUCGUCUGCCUAUUAGUUGGAAUGGCUCCUUUAAGCCAAAGGACUCUGGAUAUCCCUUGAUCAUCUUCUCCCAUGGCCUGGGAGCCUUCAGGACUUUAUAUUCUGCUUUCUGCAUGGAGCUGGCCUCCCGAGGCUUUGUGGUUGCUGUACCAGAGCACAGGGAUGGUUCAGCUGCAGCCACCUGGUUCUUCAAGAAGUCCUCUGAGGAGAAGCCCUCUAAUGAGUCCCUAGAAGAGGAAUGGAUCCCUCACCAGAAACUUGCAGAAGGGGAAAAGGAAUUCCAUGUUCGGAAUUUCCAGGUACAUCAGAGGGUUUCUGAGUGUAUAAAGGUGUUGAAGAUUCUGCAAGAGGCCAAUGAUGGGCACCCCAUCCUCAACAUCUUCCCAGAUGGGUUAAAUCUGAUGACUUUGAAGGGUGGCAUUGACAUGGAUCAUGUGGCUGUAAUGGGACAUUCAUUUGGAGGGGCCACAGCUAUUUUGGCUUUGGCCACGGAGACCCAGUUUCGGUGUGCUGUGGCUCUGGAUGCUUGGAUGUUUCCUCUGGAACGUGACUUUUACCCCAAGGCCCGAGGCCCUGUGUUCUUCAUCAAUGCCGAGAACUUUCAAACAACAGAGAGCAUCAACUUAAUGAAAAAACUGUGUACCCAGCAUGAACAAUCCAGGAUCAUAACUGUUCUUGGUUCUGUUCAUCGAAGUCAAACGGAUUUUGCCUUUGUGAGUAGUAACUGGAUUGGUAAAUUUUUCUCCAAUCAAUCCUCUGGAAGCUUAGACCCCUACAAAGGACAGGACACUAUGGUGAAGGCCAUUUUGGCCUUCCUGCAGAAGCACCUUGGUCUGGAAGAGAACUUUGACCAGUGGAAUAGCCUUAUUGAAGGCAUUGGACCAUCACUUAUCCCAGGGGCCCCACACUGUCUUUCCAGUCUGUAGGCAUCACUGGCCACUUAUGAAAGGUCAUCGAGUUCUAUUUGGGACCUUCCCAUGGACACCCAUAGUCUCCUCUCAGGAAGUGGUCAAAUGACUUUUUUUCACAGAUUGAGAGGUUGUUCUCACACUGCUGAUUGGUUUAUGGACUUUGAUCUUAGACUUGUUUAUUUUAAACACAUGUUGAUAUGUUGCUUGGGACUUGGAUCACUUACUGAUUGCCAAAAUGAUUUGCUGGGUGUCUGAAUUCUGAUAGUGUAAGGGAACAAGCAGGAGGAUGGAACCUGGGGACAAAUCAAUCUCUAAACUGAACUCUGUUACCUCAGACCACUACUCCCUCACUUGAGUUCAAUAUGGCUUCUGCAGUGAAAGAAAAAAGUUGAAAG